AUGAACAAAUGUUGCACUGCCUGCGCCGAUUCCAAACUCCGAUGCGAUCUCAAAAUUGCCGAUCAAACUUGUACACGAUGUCGGCAAAAGGGUUUGUCCUGUGUACGCGCUGAGCGCAAGAAACGCGCGCGAAGGUCCAGGGGCAUCAGUUCCAUUCCAUCGCCACAAACCGGGAGUGAAGAUGGGCCUUAUCAGGUUGCGGACCUGGCUAGCUUUAAUGAAUCACCCAUCGACCUGUCAUUAUUUGAGGGAUCCUCACCCGAUGACGAUGAUUUUCUAGCCCAAUUGGCUGAGCUUGAAAACUCGGUUUACCUGAGCUCAUUUACCUGGAAUCCACACGACUUCCCGUCGAUCAUGGGGAACCCUACGGUUUCUCAGAACGACAUCGGCACGCCAACGUAUGGAGUGGUCACCCCAGACACAGCAAUGCGUGCAGGAUUCCUGUGUCCAGACAACUUUCGACUUCCUGCCGACUUUACGUUGGAACUAGGAAACUCGAAAGGUAUCCCAGUGUAUCGACUUGAGAAAUAUGCAAGGCUCUUUUUUGACCAUUUCCAUUCUUUCUUCCCUAUACUGCAUAUCCCCACCUUUUGUCUGGCAUCAUCCACUUCGACGCUCAUUCGAUCAAUCCUUAUCAUCGGUGCUGGGCUUGACAGCGACCCAACAUCAAAAUCAGAUGCCAAGGCUUUUUACUCAUCUCUCCCUUCCAUGUUGGCCAAGUGCUGCCUUCAUAGCGAUAGAAUACCACCAAAACUUGAAGAGCUUCAAGCGCUAGUCCUAUUCCAAUUUGCGAGUAUGGUUAACGAGGGAAGUGCUGAACGUGCUGCAUCGCGACUGCUUCACCCACUGCUUGUCGCAACAAUACGACAGGCAGGAUUUCUAAAGGUUCACGGGGAAUGCACCAAGGCUACACGAAAUGCACAUGCAUGGGAAUCAUGGAUCCACAAUGAGUCGCGGAAGAGAGUUCUUUGGGGUGUCUUCUCAGUGGACUGCUAUCAAUCUAUCUUAUGCGGCAGUAAGCCACUGCUCUUGCCUACAGACACGCGAGCCUCUUUUCCUUGUGAUGACUCCAGCUGGAACGCAUGUUCUGCCUCGUUAUGGGCCGCACUUCCUGCACAAGAUCCGACCAGCUGUUUUUUGUCCUCCGUAAAGGGCUUGAUGGCUGGACAGGCUCCCUCGCAGUCAAAUAUAACCGAGUUCGGCAUGAAUCUGUUGAUCAUGGCAGUGCAUUCACUAUUGUUAGAAGCUCAAACAUCAAUACUGCCUGUGGAUAUUUCCGUCCUUGAGAAAGCAUUGCACACGUGGUACGCGUCGUGGGAGGAGCUCAGAGAGCAUUCCCAGCGUCAUUAUGAACCGACAACAGGAGGUCCCAUUAUCACAAACAGUCUCUCAUUGUACUAUCUGGGUAUGCACUUCUUGCGGCAUGGGCGCCCGGUACUAGAUGAUAGCGCUUAUAUGGAGAGGUCGAAGGAUGCGGGAAAUCCAUUGAUUAUUCGAGAACAAGUCUAUCGAGAUGAGAUGACGCGGUGUGUUCGAGAAAUGCUUGACGAAUUUCGAAAAGGAGGAUAUACAACAGCCGUCUUUUGA